AUGAGGCGGCCGCCUCGCCGGCUGACGCUGUCCGUGCUGGGGGUGCUGUGGAUCGCCGCCCUCCUCCUCCUCUUCUUCGGGGCCAGGAGGAAGCCGGGGGCGGCGGGACCCGAGGGGCGCGCGGCGGAGGGCUCAGAGGCGGACUGGGACGACCUGUGGGAUCAGUUUGAAGAGCGGAGAUACCUGAGCGCUCGAAAAUGGAAGGGCGGCGAGGACCCGUACCGGCUCCAUGCCUUUAACCAGCGGGAGAGCGAGAGGAUGCCCAGUGACCGUGCCAUCCGUGACACCCGCCACCACAGGUGCUUGACCCUGCGCUAUCACCAGGAUCUCCCGCCAACCAGCAUCAUCAUCACCUUCCACAAUGAGGCUAGGUCUACCCUGCUGAGGACCAUUAGGAGUGUGCUGAACCGCACCCCAGUGCACCUUGUCCAUGAAAUCAUACUGGUGGAUGACUUCAGCGAUGAUCCUGACGACUGCCGCUUGUUGGCCAAGCUGCCCAAGGUGAAAUGCCUGCGGAACAGACAGCGCGAAGGUCUGAUCCGGUCCCGAAUCCAAGGGGCGGAUGUGGCACAAGCAGGAGUUCUGACCUUCCUAGACAGUCACUGUGAGGUGAAUAAGGACUGGCUACUUCCACUUCUGCAGCGCAUUAAAGAGGAUCCAACCCGGGUGGUCAGCCCUGUUAUUGACAUCAUCAACUUGGACACUUUUGCCUAUGUGGCGGCUUCCUCGGACCUCAGAGGUGGUUUUGACUGGAGCCUUCAUUUCAAAUGGGAGCAACUCUCCCCAGAGCAGAAAGCCAAACGACUUGAUCCUACCAAACCCAUUAAGACGCCCAUCAUUGCCGGGGGGCUGUUUGUGAUCAACAAAGCCUGGUUCAACCACCUGGGGAAGUACGACAAUGCCAUGGACAUCUGGGGUGGGGAGAACUUCGAAAUCUCUUUCCGUGUGUGGAUGUGUGGAGGUAGCCUGGAAAUCAUCCCCUGCAGCCGUGUUGGACAUGUCUUCCGGAAGAAACAUCCAUAUGUCUUUCCAGAGGGGAACGCCAAUACAUACAUCAAAAACACCAAGCGCACGGCAGAGGUGUGGAUGGAUGAAUUCAAACAGUACUACUAUGCAGCCCGUCCUGCAGCCCAGGGGAGACCCUGUGGAAACAUCCAGAGCAGAGUGGAGCUGCGGAAAAGACUGAAGUGCCAUAGCUUCAAGUGGUACCUGGAGAACGUUUACCCCGAGCUCCGGAUUCCCAAGGAAUUACUAUAUCAGACUGGGAUGAUCAGACAAAGGCAGAGUUGCCUGGAGUCGCACCAGUCUGAAGCCCAAGAGUUGCCCAUCUUGAGCUUAAAUCCUUGCAUCAACAGCAAAGGGACAGCAGCAACAGCACAGGAAUGGACAUACACAUACAACCACCAAGUCCGUCAGCAGCAUCUGUGCUUGUCUGUGUACACCCUUUUCCCUGGUUCCCAGGUGCUCCUGUCACCUUGCAAAGAAGGUGACAACAAGCAGCGAUGGGGUAAAGUUGGGUCACACAUUGAGCACAUAGCUUCACGCUUCUGUUUGGACACUGAGAUGACUGGGGACACGAAUGAGAAUACCAAAGAACUUGUCAUCAAUCCUUGCGAGAGCACAGCCAUGAGUCAGCGCUGGGACAUGGUGAUGUCUUGACCUGC